GGUGAGUGAAGUUCCUGGGCGUGAAAAAAAAGAAAAAACUUAUUUGUCAAUAUUUGACACUAUUCGCAGCAAUAGACAGAAGCACUUAAAUUCACAAUGGCGGGUAACUACUACUUUGCCAUAGUUGGUCACCAUGACAACCCAGUAUAUGAGAUGGAAUUCUUCCCCGCUAACAAAACUGUUGAACCAAAGAAAGAUGAUCAUCGACAUCUUAACCAGUUCAUAGCACAUGCAGCCUUAGACCUUAUCGAUGAACAAAUGUGGAACACGUCCAGUAUGUACCUGAAAAUAAUCGACAAGUUCAACGAAUGGUUCGUAUCUGCCUUUGUGACGGCUAGUAGGAUGAGAUUCAUUAUGCUGCAUGACAUCAAGAAUGAAGAUGGAAUUCGAAAUUUCUUCCAGGAAAUGUAUGAAUAUUACAUCAAACAUUCCAUGAACCCUUUUUAUGAACUAAACACACAAGUUAAUUCAGUGAACUUUAACAAGAAAGCUCAAAACUGUGGGAGAAAGUUCUUAACUGGAUAGGAGUCUUAUUUGUGUGAGUUGGAUUUAUUUGACGAACAUACAUUAUGACCAAAAUGUGUAAUAUGUGCAAUUAGGAUUACCUUGCAGAAUAUGUAUAUAUAUAUAGGAAUUAAGAUGAACAAUUCGGGAUGGAUUAACUGAUAAUGAUGAUCUAAGUGAUGAUAAGCAAAGUAUGAUAGAUGAACAUUGAAUCUGGAUGUGAUCAUACAUUAACAGCCACACAAAGAUGGACAAUAUAAUAACACGGGAUAAUCUGAUACUGUGAUUCUGACAGCUGUCAAGGACACAAGGUGGAAUAAUUAUAAUCAUAUUGCAAAGGUGAUUGGACUAAAGGAUAGUGGCAAAGACUUCAAACCACAUGACUGGAUUAUAAGAUAUUAUUUGAUUAAAUGCCAAAAUGAGAUAAUACUAACUGUCUGGUUAUUCCUACCAUAUAAUGUUCAAAAUUACAAGUGAUAUGAUAAAAUAUGUUUUGUUCAGUGGGAUCUUCUACACUGGGGAGUUGUUGUUGCUGCCCUAGUUGCCAUCAUGACCAAGUUAUUAUCAUGUGGAGGUGGUGUCGAUAGAAACAUUGACUUAUUGUAAAUUAAUCAAGAUACUCAGAGAAUCUUUCUU